AUGACCCACCAAACACAUGCAUAUCAUAUAGUAAACCCAAGCCCAUGACCCCUCACUGGAGCUUUCUCAGCCCUCUUACUUACCUCAGGAUUAGUAAUAUGAUUUCACUAUAACUCAUUUACUAUCCUUUAUAUUGGCUUACUAACCAACAUACUAACUAUAUAUCAAUGAUGACGAGACAUUGUACGAGAGGGUACAUACCAAGGACAUCAUACCCCCAUUGUACAAAAAGGGCUCCGAUACGGGAUAAUUUUAUUUAUUGUAUCAGAAAUUUUCUUCUUUGCUGGAUUUUUCUGAGCCUUCUACCACUCCAGCCUAGUACCCACACAUGACCUAGGGGGAUGCUGACCACCAACAGGUAUUACCCCACUUAACCCCCUUGAAGUACCAUUAUUAAACACAUCAGUCCUCUUAGCAUCAGGAGUAUCAAUUACAUGAGCCCACCACAGUCUAAUAGAAGGUAAGCGAAAUAGUAUAAAUCAAGCAUUACUCAUUACAAUCAUCUUAGGGGUGUAUUUUACUGCACUACAAACAUCAGAGUACUUAGAAACUUCUUUUUCCAUCUCAGACGGAAUCUAUGGAUCUACAUUCUUUAUAGCAACAGGUUUUCACGGUCUCCAUGUAAUCAUUGGAACAUCAUUCCUUACAGUAUGCUUAUUACGACAAUUUAAAUUUCACUUUACAUCAAAACACCAUUUCGGAUUUGAAGCCGCAGCAUGAUACUGACACUUUGUAGAUGUUGUAUGACUUUUCCUUUACGUAUCAAUCUAUUGAUGAGGCUCAU